CCACACUACGUAGCCUUCCAGCCGAUGUGGGAUUUGGGCCGACAGCAAACUUUUUCUGAGUGCAGCCUGGGAAAAAACGCCCCGGUGACUGUGAAAGCGGAGGGAUUUAAGUGUCCCAGGGCAGCAGAAUGAACGCGUAACUCAUCCAGAGGUGGACGGAUCGACUGUUGGAUGGAGUUUAGUUUCUUUAUCCAAACUGAGGCUCUGAGGGGGAUCGGAAUUUACCGGUGACAAGUCAGAGAGAGGAGGAGGAGAAAAAAAAGGAAAAGAGCGGCUCCACUUUUUGAGAAACUUGUUUGUUUUUAGCCACAAGAAAGAAAGGAAGAAGGAUUUCCUGCUAAGAGACACUUUUCUGCCCUCUGCGUAAAAACAAAGCUCCAAAUCAUGGCGAAAAAGUAUGAUUUCCUCUUCAAACUGCUGCUCAUCGGGGACAGCGGAGUGGGCAAAACAUGUCUGAUCAUCCGCUUUGCUGAGGACAACUUCAACUCCACGUACAUCUCCACCAUCGGCAUCGACUUUAAAGUAAAAACCAUCGAGGUGGACGGGAAGAAAGUGAAACUACAAGUCUGGGACACAGCGGGGCAGGAGAGGUUCAAGACCAUUACGACGGCCUACUACAGAGGAGCCAUGGGCAUCAUCCUGGUGUACGACAUCACAGACGAGAAGUCCUUCGAAAACAUCCAGAACUGGAUGAAGAGCAUCAAAGAAAAUGCAUCAGCCGGGGUCAGUCGGAUGUUACUAGGCAAUAAGUGCGACAUCGAGGCAAAGAGGAAAGUUACCAAGGAGACGGGAGAAAAGUUGGCUAAAGAUCACGGCAUCAGGUUCUUUGAGACGAGUGCAAAGUCCAGCAUUAACGUCGAGGAGUCUUUUCUGGCUUUGGCACGAGACAUACUACAGAAAUCCAGCAAGAAGCCAGGUCCGACGGGUCGGGAGGUGAAAAUCACCAGCAGCACAGAGAAAAAAUCCUCCAAAUGUGUUCUUCUCUAGACUGACGACCACAGGAAAAUAAAAUGCAACAAGUUUUGUGUCUCCAGCUGGUGGGCCAAAAUGUCAAAUACAGUCAAACGCUGAUUUAAAGUUAGUUUUUAAUUCGAAUAACAGGUUUCUUCUGGCUGGAAAUGGCAUAAACAAAUGAGAAAAGACAGUAAAAUAUGGUUUCAGAGAUGUUAAUGAUAGUAUUUUUUGCAUUUUUGCGGACAAUUCCAUGUCUUGAACUGUUGAUAUCCCUUGAAAUAGUUGCCUAAAUGUGAGAAAAUGCAACUUCUGUCAUUCCAAAUGGUUCUGUUAAUUACUAGAGUGUUUAGAUACACAAAAAAUCCAGUUUUUAUCAAAAUUUGUGACAAUUUCAAGGCGUGUGAAUGUUUCUGGAUGUUCCAGUUUUAGUAAAAAUCUUAAAUAACGACAUAGAAAUAGUUAAAAUUCAUCAUUAACAUCUGUAAAACAAUGUCUGACUGUGUUUUUAUGUCAUUUCCAACCAGAAGAAACCACUAUAAAUCCACUAUGAAUCAAAAUUUGGCCUUGAUAUGAGUAAUUUUGGAGCUUACAGGUGCUCAAAGUCUGUUUUUACGCCAACAUUAAAUUCCAUAAAAGUGGUACUGUGCCCUUUAAUAAUAUAUAAAUCCUCUCUCCACAUGUUCAGACUGAACUUAAGUUCUGUGAAAUCUGCUGUGAGAGCGUUAAUGCCAUGAAAAGUCGGAGUUUUAGAGUCUCUGAAGCCCUAAAACAUUCCCAGAACCUGUUUUUUUUUUUUUUUUUUAUUUCCACGCUGUGUUUCUGGUUCAUCAGUGUUUAUUUCCUUUCCAGAACCUCGUCUGUGUUUUUAAUGUCACCUUUUAUUCACUUCCUGUGUGUGAGCAGCAGCAGCAGCAGCAGCAGCGUUGAGUGUAAAAUGAUUCAUGUACAGACGUGAUGAUGGUUGUGUUUAUUUCAGAUUUAAGGAGCAGCAGAGAAGGUGUUAAAUGGUUUUAAAUGUGUAGGGAAAACGUUAAAAUCAUCUGUGCAGACUCACAGUUAAUCCCAGGAGCUUCAGUAAACUCACCACCAGCUCAUUACAUGCAUGAUUACAGCUUUAAAAAAGUGUAAUUUACUGAUUAAAAUUGAAUUUAAGUUGCAAACAUUAAUAAUAAUGUUGCAUCAAUUUGAUAUUUAAUGUAAUUUAAUCUCAAAUUUCUUCCUUAAUUGAUGUAAAACUAAAUUUAUGUUGACGUAACUUCAGGAAAUUGGCUUAGUAACAAAAUUUUUCUUCAAUUUAAGGUCAGAAUAUUAAUUUAUUUAGAAUUUGCCAGCUUAAAAACUUCUGUAAAAGAACAACUGAACUUUUUUUUUUGUUCAUGAUAACAUUUCACUAUUAAUCCAAGAAGCUUCUUAACACUAAAUUGUUCAAAAAAAAUAUACAGUUCAAAACUAUCAGUUACUAAUUUUUUUUUACAGUGUGGCAGGUUUACACUGUGAACAAAAAUAAAAAUAGAUAAAUAAAUAAAACAGUGUAAAUCUGACAGCAAGGGAGCCAGAAAAAAAAAUUUUACAAAGAAAAAAAAAGGUAAAAUAAUAUUUUUAAAAUUAUUUACCAUUUUUCGCCACUUAAUACAUCAAUUUUUGUAUUACUGCAAAUAUCUCUAACACACACACACACACACACACACACACACACACACACACACACACACACACACACACACACACACACACACACAUAUAUAUAUAUAUAUAUGAAUUUUUUCAGUUUUGAUCUGAAUCCAAGAAGCUUCUUGGAAAUAACUCAAAAUUGCUUUUAAAAAUGACAGAUAACCUGUUUGUUUCUAACUGAUUUACACUGUAAAAAUAUCCAGUGAAAGCUCUUAUCUGUAAAAUAGGGACAUUUUAAACAUUAUUUUCAAUUUUCCAGAACUUAAUAUACAUUUGUUUUGUUUUACUGAAAAUAUCUGUAAAAAAAAACAUUUUUAUCUUAAUUAUUUCAAUUUUUGUCUGUAAUUGAAUCCAAGCAGGAUUAUCAAAACAACACUAAAUUGCUAAACAAACAAACAAAAAAAAACAUUUACCAAAUUUUCACUCCUUCAUAUACAUAUUUUUUUGGAGACUGCAAAUAUCUGUUAAAAUUGUAUUUCUAUUUAAAUUAUUAUAGUUAUUAUCUGUAAUUUAAUCCAAUAAACCUCUGAAAUAAAUUCUUCAAAAAAAUCCAAAAAUAUUAGUUAACCGUUGUUGCUACCCAUUCAUUUUUUACAGUGUAGCUGGUUUACACCGUAAAAGGUGUUGGAAAAAAAAGGUAAAUACUAUUAAAAAUUAAAAAAAAUUACUGCAAAUAUCUGUAAUAUAACAUUUUAAGUUAUUUGCCAAAUUUUUCAAGCCUUAAUAUACAUAUAUUUUUUGAUGAGUGCAAAUAUCCAUAAAAAAUAAUUUUUAUUUCAGUCAUUGUAAUUUAAAGCUCUGAAAUAAAUUAUUUUAAAAAACUACAGUUAAAUGUUGUUAAUACCAUUUUUUUUACAGUGUAGCUGGUUUACACUGUAAAAGGUGUUGGGAAAAAUGGUAAAUCCUGUUAAAAACAACAAAAAAAACUAAAUGUUAAAAAAAUUGCAUUUUUAUCUGAAUUAUUUCAGUUUUUGUAUGUCAUUUAAUUAAAGGAGCAUCUUCGAAAUAAUAAAUUGGUUUUUAAAAAAUUUACAAAUUACUAAAUGUUGAUGCCCAUUCAUUUUUUACAGUGUGGCUGAUUUGCACUGUAAAAAGUGUUGAAAAAUGGUAACUCCUGUUUAAAAAUGAAAAUUACUGCAAAUAUCUGUAAAAUAUUGACAUUUUAAAAGUUAUUAACCAAUUUUCCAGGCCUUAAUGUACAUAUUUUUUAACGGCCUCAAAUAAACUGCCUUUUAUUAGGAAUUAUUUCAGUUUUUAUGUGUAAUUUAACCCAUGAAGCUUCUUGAAUUAGCGGCAAAGACAUCCUCAAAAAGCCUAAAUGUGAGGUCCUUUUUUACUGAAGCUCCUAGGAGAUGCUAAAUUUAUUCAUGAUAAUUAAAAGUCAUGAAAGCAUUUAGUUUUUCAGUAAAUAAAUGAUUGAGACAUGAAGCUCUAAAUAUUUAUGGCUGAGAAACGCUGAGACGCUCCGACAGAUGAAAACCAAACCUCACAUUAACGAGAGUCGAACAAACAGUUUGUUUUAGUGGAUGGAGAAAGUGGAAGACAGAGCAGAGAUAAGUGCAAUAUGAGAAGAUGAGUGUUGGAUGAAGGACUGACAGGAAGUGAGAGAGAUUUAGUGGCUUUUAUCCUUGGAGCCUCUUCAGAAAGUCUUUUACUGCAGCAGCUGCAGCCGAUGCUUCUUCUGUCAUUACAGGUGUUCAAGUUUGGUUUUUAUUUUUCCUCUCUGUUGGGUUUCCGUCACUUCUUUGUAGAGCUGAGACACUCCUGGAUUUUGUUAGUUUACAGACCUGCUUGAUGAAUAUAAACGCAAAAAAGAACAGUAAA